UAGAGUAGCUAGGAGGAAGCUGGAUAGGUUGACAGCGGGAGUGACAGUGGCGCAGAGCUUCCUAGGAACGUGAAGACAGGGUCUGCGGUACUCGUUUGUCGAAAGAGGCCCUGUUUAUCUCGCGAUGCGUGGACUUGUCUAACUAUCUCAGCGUCUCGUCCAGGCGUCGUUCCUUUUUCCCUUCCUACAACCUUCGAAGGUAGCCAGCUGUGCGCUCUGAUUGGGCAAUAUGCCAUUCCCAUUCACAAAUCGGUCACAUGAUUAUAUCUUAGUCAGUACUGAGUCACUGUUUGCUGAGUAAUCUACUUACUAAGCAGCACAUGACGCAACAUCAAAAUUUCAGACGAGGAAAAGAACAAGCGCCAAAAGGCAUCUAUCUGAUCAGGUCGCAUGCUGUAGGUAUCUGACCGCGCCUCUGCUGUGCAGUCAUUAUACAGUUAGGAAGCCCAAGAUGUCGCUCUUCAAAUCCUCAUAUUAUGACAAAGAUUAUCGGGCGGGCGCUGCCCUGAUGCGCGCACGGCGGCCGUAUAUCGUUAGAAACAUUGCUACAGGAGCAGCUCUCUUCAGUUUCUGCAUUGGCGUUUGUACGCGACACCCACUUCUUCCAAUGGCGGCUUCUCGGGGCUAUAGCACACUGACGAGGGGACAUUUGAUAUUAGACGCCUUCACCAUCAACGCCGUUGGGCAGGAUGAUUUCUCCGAUGUCAAGGUUCCAGACGCACCAGUUGCAAAACAAGCGGCUAAAUAGUCUCUAUGCGGAAUGAGUGACAUGCUAGACCAAAUCGAUCUUACCUAUCUAUCUCCUUUCACUCCCAACUAAAACACACACGCGCACUCGUCUGGGCCUAAAGGGAGGAGAACGCUGAUGGCUCCAAAACUGGGCACGCACUUGUAGUGAUUUGACGUUGAGGCGCGAUGGCGUUGGUGGUUUUGUCUCCCCUAGGCGUGCAAAAUGCAUUGGUACUGUUGAGAGAAUCUCUGAGUACUGAUGCACUGCUUUUGAGAACAAGAAAGUUUCCAUCUUUAAGUGUCAAUCUACCUUGAUACAGGACAUGAUGGACGUUUGGGAUUCAUUUAAGCGUUUCUUUAUGUACUAUAACUCCAAUUACGCUUCUCCACUGUGAAUUAUAUACUAAUUUCAUAUUUUGUCGAAUUGGCAAAACAUUAUAUAUCUUAAAUCGCCUGCAAAUUAACAAUUCGAAUACAUCAGGUCAAUAAAAUACAUCAGAAAAAGAGUGUAAUAACCAGUUGAGCGAGGAAACUGCAUGAAAUUCAACUAGCGAAGAAAGCAGGCAGUGCUCAGUCCAGCAGUAUCCGUUGAUUGUUGGAUUUUGUUUCGUUAAUCCAUCCUGUCUGCGUGUCUCGUACGAUGUUUUGCUCCAGAAUCUAGCUGGAAACAAGGGAGGAGGCUCUCCCUUAUGUAUUCGCCAAAAACCAUGGAAAAAUUCGUGCUAGCCAGAAUAGUGGAACAGAGGCAGGUAAUUAGAAAAAAAAAUUUGAAGUGAUAUCAAUCAAAUCCUCAUGGUAAACAUAGACUAUGUGUUGCGUAUAUAUAGGGUGGCGAAUAUAUUGGUAACAUUUCGAAUGAGAGGAGAAAAUGUCAAGAAGUAGAAAUGAAGACAAUAAAGAUAAUCAAUUACACCAGAGUCCAUAUCCAGAUCCUGAUCCAGAUGCAUGUUCACCAAGUUUAUGAUUCGUGUACUCCGUAGCCAUGUAGCAAAUAGUGGAAACAGGUAAAGCAGAAGCAAAGAAGAAGCUGUAAGAAUGAAUUGUCAAAGGAAAAGACGAAGAUAGCGAUAAAGGGCGAGUUAGGAAGAAGAAGAUGCAAGGAAGAUAAAGCACCGCCGAUGGUAGAUUGGUAUAUUGGGUAGUGUAUGAGAUAUAUGAUUUAACGCCUCUCGCUCCGUUCCCAAAAAAAGGAAAAGUGGUAUAACUAUGGCAAUGUAGGAUAAUGAUAGGAGGGAAAAAAGGCAAUUGGCAAUCCGCUAGUACUUGCUAUCGCCGAGUACGUAUGCCCAUUUUCUCAAGAUCUUCAUCCGUUUCCUGGGCUCUUGAUGGUUUUAAAGACGGGGCAGCUGGGAAACCGACGUAUUUUGCGAAGCCGGCAAGGACAGAGACUUCUCGGUUGUAGGCUGCCUGAUGUGCGAUUUGUUUGCUUAGGCGAGUCGGGAAGGGGAUGGUAUAUUCUGUCACUGCGUCGGAUGUGGCGUCUGCUAGUAUGCCGCUGGCAGGCCCGGCCA